AUGGACCGGCACCCAUCACGGCCACGGCCACGGCCACGGCCACCACUCCGGUCCGCGACCUCGGACAGCAGCUUUAGCCGGAUAUCCACGGUGUCCGACUUCACCGACCUCGGCAGCUUCGACACCUACACGACAUACCCCCCGGUAGCACCGCGACCGGCUCUCGCUUCCCUUCAAACCUCACAUUCCGGGCCAAACCUCAGCCCCAACUCGGGCUACGGCCCAAGUACAGGGAGCGAGGGCUAUACCUAUGCUAGCCCAACGUCUGGCUGGACGGCGACCCUCAGCUCCUCACCAAACACAAUCGGGUACUCGCCCGUUGCCUCAGCAGAACCAUCAAUACCGUACCAACAACAGCACCAACACACACGGGCGAACACCCGCCAACACCACGGGCAUGAAGUCAUCCCCGAGGAAGACGGCGCCGACCUAGGCCUCGUCACAGCAGCCGCGCCGAUCGCCCGCGAGGUCACCAAGGAGAUGGAAGAGGAAGCAGAAGCAGAGAAGUCCAAAACGAGAGUCACGUCAGUGCCGAUGAUGUUCGACCUCACCAGCACCCUAGGCCCGACCACAAUGGCCGACGCGGCCUUCCUCAAGACCCUCCAGGACCAAGAAGCCCACGGCAAGCUGACGGGUGGUUUGGGGCUGGGCAUCAAGACGGAUAUGACAGUCACCGAGUCGGCUCUGCUCGCGUCGAGUCCGGCGUCGGAACGGCCGCUGAGCCGGUCUUUCACCAAGGCUAGUAAUAAACGGAGGAGCCAGCUCAGCCGGGCCGAGACGCUCAAGCGGUUGGGACAGAGUGAGGCCAACAAGCGCGGGGAGGUCAUCGAGGUUGUCAUGGAUCACGGCGCGGGCGCCGGUGAUGGUGCAGAUGCGGGCGAGCCCCCCGUACCAAGUCUGCCCAACGCCGAUCUCAGCUUGGUAGCAGGCCAGAGCCAUAACCACAGCGACAGUGACGGACUCCAAGACGACAGCGAGCCGGUCCCGAUCUUUAUGAAACAGACGACGUUCCCCACGCGCCAACCCACUACGGCCGUGUUCUACCCGCAACCCAACUGGAAACCCUUCUCGAUGCGGUGGCCAUACUUGGUAUCGCUGAUCGUGGUCUCGCUAGCGCUAGGCGCCUGCGUCGAGGUGCUGUACCGGUCGUCGGCGCAGACCCCGCUGGUCACCUUCCAAGCGCCGUCAGACAUCCCGACGUCGCAGUACUUCGCCAUCAAGUUCCUGCCCAUGAUCGUGGCCGUGUCGUACGGUGUGUUGUGGCAGAUCACCAACUUCGAAGUGAUGCGUCUAGAGCCCUUCUACCAGCUGUCCAAGGAAGGCGGCGCGCUAGCCUCCGAGUCGAUCAACGUCGACUACCUAACCCAGUUCAACCUAUUCCGCCCCUUCCGCGCUCUGCACUACCGCCACUACGCCGUCGCCGUGUCGUCAGUGGCUAGCUUGCUCGCCAACACCCUCGUCCCGACCCUGGGCGCGGCCGCCAUCAUCCUCACCCCGGACCGUCCAACGCGCACGCAGUUCCCCGACCAGGAGAAGCACAUCCUCAUGCACCCCGUGUGGUCGCGGUUGUUGACGGCCACGCUGGUGGUGGUCGCGUGCAUGGGCUGUGUGCUGUUCUACCAGCUGCAGUCGCGCCGCUCGGGUUUGCUCGCCGACGUCAAGGGUAUCGCGGGGCUGGCGUCCAUGGCUACGGUGUCGCAUAUCCUGAUGGACUUCAAGGAUAUGGACGUUGCCACCCACCAGGACAUCCACCAUAAGCUCAAGAACCGGCGGUAUGUCCUGCGCAACUCAUCCCUCGCCCCGGACGAUUCCCUCUCAGCAGGGAGGAGCCACACCUUUCACAACAUGAACCUGGGCGACGUUGAAAAACAACAACAGAAAGAAGACGCAGAAGACCGCUACGCAAACCACCACCUCUCCCACAACCCACAACCCCUCAUGCUCCGCCCGGCCGGCGCCUACCCCUUCCUCGCCCUCAUCAUCCUCUUCCUCGCCUUACUCCCCAUCGUCCUCUUCACCCCCGCCACCGCCCUCACCGACCACGCCCCCUGGCUCAUCACCGCCCUCGCCGUAAUCAUCAAACUCUCCUGGGGCGCCCUCGAAACCGACGUCCGCGUCAUGGAACCCUACUACAUCCUCUCCCGCCGCCACGCACCCCCCAAAACUCUCUGCUUAGACUACACAGCCAUGCCCUUCGGCUGGGUAGCCGUCAAGGGCCUAGUAAACGGACACGCCCUGGUAUUCGCCGUAGGCCUGGGCACGGUCGUAGCAGAGGUGUUAACAGUGCUAGUAACAAGUCUAGCCACAGUCGAAGGGCGGGUCUUCGUGUCCAUCCUCAACUCCCAUAACGGCCCCCAGGGCCCCUCCCCCUCCGCAGCCCGCACCGCAGCAGCGGCGGCGGCGGAAAAAAACGCCAACUUCCUCAACGCCGGGCAAGAAACUGUUCCUUCCUUCUGGCUCUCCCUCGCGCUGGCCAUGGCUAUCCUCUUGUACCUCCUCAUCACCGCCACUACUGUCUUUGCGCGCCGCGGGUCGGGGCUCACGGGAACUGCGAUCCCGCUUCCGCGGCAGCCGAAUACGAUUGCGAGCGUGCUGGCGUAUAUUCAUCAGAGUAAGAUGUUGUAUGGGUUUGUGGGGACGAAUAAGCUCAGUCAGGGAGAGAUGUUACGGCGGUUGGAGGAGCAGGUGGGGCAGGAUGGAAGCAGCGGGAAGACAUAUGGGUUGGGGUGGUUUAGGGGACGCGAUGGGCAGAGUCAUUGUGGUGUUGAUGAGGAGGAACUGUUGAGUGGGUAUAAGGCAGGGUAUGAUUAUUCGAGGGCUACGAAACCGUGGGAGGAGGGGGAGGUUAAUUGGUUGUGA